CUAGCUGUCGCACUGGUUCGGGUCUGCGCUGCGGCUGCUUCGCAGGGAUCUGGUGCUCCUAGGUGGCCGCUCAGUCGUUCUUAUUUGGCAACUACGCGCAGGGCGGCGGAGUCGUCAGGCAGCAUCCGGAGUCGUACCGUGGCCGAGCAAAGGAAGUAACGCCGCGACAGCAAAGGCCGAACGGCGCGAUCCCUGAUCUAGUUGGCGGGCGGGCGGGCGGUGGUGGUGGGGGAGCAGCCAUGUUAGCGAGGGGCAUAAAGUGACUCUUUGAGCCGGGAAAGAGCCGGCCAGAACAGGAAGCGUGCUUGGGGCGGCGGCAUUAGCUGGCGCGGGCUCGCCUGCGGAAGAAGAGGAGGCGGUAGCGGUGCAGCGGAGCCAGCGAGGAGGGAGCUCGAAAGGCUGAGGCAGGAGGAGGACCGCCCCGGCGCGGCAGAGAUUCGGCGCGGCUCCUGCUGCUGGCUUUCUCAAGCCAGGCUUAUACCUGGUAGAAUGAAAAAGUUUAAGAGAAGACUUUCUUUAACACUGCGUGGGAGUCAGACUAUUGAUGAGUCACUUUCUGAACUAGCUGAACAAAUGACAAUUGAAGAGAACAGCAACAAAGAUAACGAACCCAUUGUGAAGAAUGGCAGACCUCCAACAUCACACAGCAUGCACUCAUUUCUUCAUCAGUAUACAGGAUCCUUCAAAAAGCCUCCAUUACGAAGACCACACAGCGUUAUAGGGGGCAGCCUGGGUUCUUUUAUGGCAAUGCCAAGAAAUGGGAGCAGAUUAGAUAUCGUACACGAAAACCUAAAAAUGGGAUCAGAUGGUGAAAGUGACCAAGCUUCUGGAACAUCAUCUGAUGAAGUUCAAUCCCCAACAGGUGUUUGUCUCAGGAACAGGAUACACAGACGGAUAUCUAUGGAGGACCUGAAUAAACGCUUGUCACUACCUGCUGACAUUAGGAUACCUGAUGGAUAUCUUGAAAAGUUGCAAAUAAAUAGUCCACCGUUUGAUCAACCAAUGAGUAGGCGAUCUCGUAGGGCAUCAUUGUCUGAAAUUGGAUUUGGAAAAAUGGAAACAUAUGUUAAAUUGGAAAAGCUUGGUGAAGGUACAUAUGCAACAGUAUAUAAAGGAAGAAGUAAGCUGACUGAAAAUCUAGUAGCUUUAAAAGAAAUCAGAUUAGAGCAUGAAGAGGGUGCACCGUGCACAGCUAUUAGAGAAGUGUCAUUGCUAAAAGAUCUAAAACAUGCAAAUAUUGUUACGUUACAUGAUAUUGUCCAUACAGACAAGUCAUUAACUCUUGUAUUUGAGUAUCUGGACAAAGACCUAAAGCAAUACAUGGAUGACUGUGGGAACAUUAUGAGUGUGCAUAAUGUGAAGUUAUUUUUAUACCAGAUUCUGCGUGGUUUGGCCUAUUGUCACAGAAGAAAAGUACUACACCGGGACCUAAAACCACAAAAUCUACUAAUUAAUGAAAGAGGAGAAUUAAAGCUAGCAGACUUUGGCUUGGCUAGAGCAAAAUCUGUUCCUACGAAGACAUACUCAAAUGAAGUUGUCACAUUGUGGUAUAGGCCUCCAGAUGUUCUCCUUGGAUCUUCUGAAUAUUCCACACAAAUUGAUAUGUGGGGAGUUGGAUGUAUAUUUUUUGAAAUGGCAUCAGGAAGACCUCUCUUUCCUGGGUCAACGGUUGAAGAUGAAUUGCACUUAAUUUUCAGACUUCUGGGAACUCCAUCACAAGAAACAUGGCCAGGCAUUACUUCCAGUGAUGAGUUUAGGAAUUACAAUUUUCCCAAAUACAAGCCACAACCUUUGAUCAACCACGCUCCAAGGUUGGAUUCAGAAGGGAUUGAACUGAUAGUAAAAUUUCUUCAAUAUGAAUCAAAGAAAAGAAUAUCAGCAGAAGAGGCUAUGAAACAUGCAUAUUUCAGAAGUCUUGGAACUAGAAUACAUACUUUACCAGAAAGUGUAUCAAUAUUCACUUUGAAAGAAAUUCAACUCCAAAAAGAUCCAGGCUUUCGAAAUUCCACUUAUCCAGAGACAGGACACGGGAAGAACAGAAGACAAAGCAUGCUUUUCUAAGGCAGGCAGUGCUGUUUCAAGCCAAGGCUGGUUUUACCUCCAUCAAGGACUCUAGUCCAAAGGCAAUUAAUUCUUCCCUUGGUGGACUUGAAAUCUGUUUGUCUACACUGUCCUCCUCACAGUGCAGUCUCUUUAUUUUGGACCUACUGGUUAUUUUUUUUUUAAUAUAUAUAUAUGUAUAUAUAUAUGUGUGUGUGUAUAUAUAUAUAUAUAUAUAUAUUUGUUGUCACAAUGUGACAAAGUUUUGUACAGUCAAUUUUAAGGUCUCCUCCACCAUUAGAUCCAGUAGGUUACAACUGUUAAUGUAACAGUAGCUGCAAUUUUUGUGCAGGACUGAGAAACACAGUGCAUUAUUUAUUGUGUAAUCAUUGCUGCUAAAUAACUACUGUCUGUAUAGUUAAGAACCGAAUGCCUGAAAGAGUUGCAAUGGGUUUACUGUAUAUGCUAUGUGAAUGCCUUGUUUCUCUUCAUGAAUUAUUGCUGCAGUUUUAUAUCUUGUUUUUUCUUUAACUGCAAUGUUUCCUGGAAUGUAAACACAGCUUUCUUGACUAUAGUUACUAUUUACUUUAACACUCUCUAGUUCUUGGCCUGUAAAUUUCUUAUUUAACAUUAGAGAAUGCUACCAGAUACCUUUUUAAAGCACUUAGUAGUACAGAUAUCAAUUCAAACAAAUGAAAAAUUAUAUGGAUCAGGUUCCAGAUCUCUUAUUUUGGCUAAUAUCAGAAAUGAUAAACCACCUAUAUAUGACACUUAACUAUUAUCUCCCUUCUCUAACUUUUUCUAAUAGACAUACUGGUUAGAAUAUUUUUGAUAUUGACAUUUCCCUAAACAUUCCAGUGAUUCAAAACAAACUGGGUGUGAAGCAUCCCAACUCAAUUCUCUAAUUGCCACCUGCUUUGGUGGCUGUUUUAUGACCACAUGUUCAUUGGAAAGCCACUAAAGAAUGCAAGUCCAUAAUAAAGAAUCUAUUACUUUAUUAUGCAGGCUUCAUAAAGUAUGAGAACUUGGAGGGUUUUAAAGGUUGUAGAUGUUACCUGUUUAUUGAAAUUAAGUCAUCAUAUUACAGUACUACUAAGCUUAUGUAUCUCAGUGAGUAUCAUAAGUACCUCCUGGUGAUAGGAACAGUAUUUUUCAACAUUUGUGUUCACCUUUUGGAACCUCUUUGUUUAGUGCAUCUUCCAGAGCUGUAAAUCUUUAUUAGUAUAUUUUGAAAUGGUUAUGUAAAUCUUUGGCUGAUAUAUCAUGAAAAAUAUUCCUAGAUAACUUAAUUUUUUUUCCUGAUGUUCACUGUAAAACAUUCAGGGGUCCUACCAUUUCUGUUCAGGAAAUCUUGUAAUUGAUUAUUGUUAUUUAACAGUAUUAAGUGAAAGAUUUUGUAUGUUUCUUUAACUUUAUUUGUGAAUAGUAAUUGUGGCAUGUUUUGGAAUGUUUUCUUAAUGUUUUAUUAUUAUAAUAGUAAAAUUAAUUUGAGAACUCUU